AUGGGAUACAAACUGGCUCUUAUGAUGUUCAUUGUCGCUUCUAUGGGAGUCGGGUUGUGGAUCAUUGCCGGGAACCAGGAAUCCGAUCCAUCAGAAUCGAUUCGAGAAACGCUCCGACAACAAUGGAUGAUGGCAGUGGCUACCUCAAAUACAGUACCAUCGGCACCGCAUUCAUAA